AUGAAGGCCACCGUCCUCACCCUCGCCGCCGCCGUGUUGCACGCCAACAUCGCGACUGCGAUCCCGGUCACUCUCCCUGGAGACCCCUUCAAGAUCAUCGAUCCUCAAGAAUGGGUCAACCCCGACGACAUGGUCUGGGACGACUUCAUCCCGCCCCCGGGCACCAACUGGGCUGAUCCCUCUCGCACUGGCUCCAUCCGCAACUUCAACAUCGCUCUCGUCACCGUCGACUAUUCGGACCGGCCCUUCAUCGUCACCCAACCAGCCGGGUCCACCAUCUUCAACAAUCCGCAGCCCCUCGCCGCAGAAUUGUCCCGCGAUGAGGUCCCGACCUUCUACCGCGACCUUCUCAACAAGCCCAGCGACAUCAACCGCCACCACACCCUCCACGAGUACUGGAUGGAAGACUCGUUUGGCCGCUUUGGCGUCGACCUCACCGUCUUCGGUGCCUACGAGCUGCCCGCGCGUUCGUGGCAGUACGGUAUCGACAACGGCUUCAAUGCGGGCGAGUGUCCCACGGGCGAACGGUGCAAUCUCAACAUCCGCACGGACGCCCUGGGCGCGUGGCGCGCCGACGUCGGCAACGCGACGGCAGACUCGUACGAGCUCGUCUUCAUCCUCUCCGCCGGGCAAGAUGAGUCGUCCACCUGGCAGGAGUUCGGCCCCAUGAACGGCUCGUCCACACAAGCCGAGAGCUCUGGCAUGGGCGUCUACGCCCACGAGCUCUCCCACCUCCUCCGCAUCGCCGACAACUACAACAACCCGUAUUCCAACCCUCAGCAGCGCGCGUACACGGGUCCCUGGAGCAUGAUGUCCCGCGGCAGCUUCAACGGCCCCGGCGGUCCGCACUCGCGAUGGCAGGUUCCCGCCGUCCAGGGCAGCAGCUUGGGUUCGCUGCACACAGUCCGCGACAAGCUCCAGCUCGGGCUCGCAGACAACUCGAGCGUUUUGAUGGUCUCGCGUGGGGAGCUCGCGGCAUCAGGCGUCGUCGUCGUCGCAGACAUCAUCGCCCGUGCCGUGGACCCGGGCGACAAAGGGCUCAUCGGGAUCCGCAUCGCCCUCGACGGCGCAGGCGACCUGACGCCAGCAUGCAACGCAACGACGUCCCCGUUCUGCGACGGCGGGCCGUACGACCACUACGAGCUCGAAGUCGUCGACCGCAUGGGCGCAGACUCGUUCCAGCCAGACGCGGGCGUCAUGAUCUCCAAGACGAAAGUGCGCGACCGCCUGCCUUUCCAAUGGACCAUUGACGCCAACCCGCAGGAUAUCGAGCUCGUGGACUUCAUCCGCCCAGACGGCACGCAGCAGUACAUCACCAUCGGGGACUACCGACAGCUGGCGGACGCGCUGUUCCACGCAGGCACGCGGUCGGGGAGCCAGUUCGAGUACGUCGACGAGGCGAACAGGCUGCAGUUCUACGUACUCGACAUCCACCGGUCCAAGGAGGGUGUGCUUUCGUACACGGUUGGCGUGCGGUCACUUGAUGCCGAGGGGGUCGCGACAUAUGGGGUCGAGGUCCGCCGUGGGCUGGUGACGGAUCUGAGGCACAAUAAGCCGACAAGAAAGGGCGUGACGUGCACGUUUGAGGUGAAGAAUACUGGGUCGUAUGAAGAAGGCGCCCAGGACUACGUCGUGUCGGAUGUUUUCCGGCUCAGCGCGGAGGUCAAGGGCAAUGGGUGGAGGAUUGAGGUGCCAAACGCCCUGAAGGCGGUUGGAUUUGGCGAGACAGAGAUUGUGAGUGUUGCUGUUGGGGCGGAGAAGGAUGCACAGCGUGAGGCGGUCGUGACGUUGACGGUUGUGUCCGAGUUGGGUGGUGUGAAGGCGAGCAGUGCGUGUCGGGUGUCGAAGGCGUAG